AGGAAAACAACAACAAAACUUUUCCUCAGCCGUGCGUGUGAAUCAGCUUUCUCGUGUGCAACUGUUGCAAAAAUCGAACAUUUUCCGGUGAAAAAUCGUGUUAAUCGCGUUGCAAAAUGGUGGAAUCCGUAGCGGACGACAGCAAAACCCACCCGGACCCAACGGACGACGGGCCACAGAACGUGCUGGACGCGUUCGACUCCAAGGACAAGGCGAGGGUGUUGGAGCUGAUUGGGCAGCUGCCGGGUGGCGGGUUGCUAACGGAAGAUUGGUUCGAGGAAGCCUAUGAAGAGUAUUCGGAACUGCUGGGGAAGUAUCAGGAACAGCCGCACCUGCUGGACGGCAGUCUGGAGGAGUUGGUGCAGGUGAUUCUGGGGUACAUAUUGGACGGGGAGCAGAGCCGGGUGGUGAAGCAUCGAGCGGCCAAGUAUUUGUACCAGAUCAGUAAGGUGCGGACUUUCAAGGCGUUUUUGAAGUAUUUGCCACACGAGAUUCGGCACUUGAGCUUUGUGCUGGGGUAUUUGGAGCAGCAGGAUCUGGAGGACUGGAAAAAUUGGGAGACGCGAUUUGUGUGCUUGUUGUGGCUGUCGAUUCUGGUGCUGAAUCCUUUCGAUUUGAGCCGGUUGGACAGUGACGAGGGCGGGAAGAGCACAAUGGAGAGGAUUUACGAAGUUUGUAAGGUAAAUUGCUUGAAGGAUGAUAGUUGUACUCCGGUUGGGGCGUUCUUGACAUCAAAGUUCCUCAUCCGGAAUGACGUGAAGAAAGUCUAUCUGGGGGAGUUCCUUGAUUGGGCCACUUCUUGUGCGGAUAUAAUUGUGGAUCCCAGGAUUGGGCCCCUGGCGGGAGUGGCCUGCGUUCUGAAACAUGGAAAGCGAGAGGAUCUUCUGCCGUAUGUGGAAAAACUCGCAGAGUGGGUGCUUCAUCUAGAUUACGAAAAAAUCUCGAAAAAUUUCAAGAUCUAUAAGAUUUGCAUUAAAAUCAGUCAAAGGAUCGGAUUGGUCCUGCUUCCGCCUCGGAUAGCCAAAUGGCGCUACCAACGAGGAGCUCGAUCAUUGCUGAGCAACGUCCAGAAAACGGUUACAAUCGCAUCCAUGCAAUCGGAACCGCAAAAACCGGACGAAUCUUCCCCGGAUGAAGCCGAAGACGAUGACGACGAUGAAGUUCCAGCGGAAAUUGAGGAAAUCAUCGAGAAGCUUCUGUCCGGCCUGAAAAGUAAUUCCACAAUCGUCCGUUGGAGUUCGGCCAAAGGAAUUGGCCGCAUUACGAAUCGACUUCCGAAGGCGCUCGGUGACGAAGUCGUUUCCUCCGUCAUUGAACUGAUUAAUCCCCUCGAGCAGGACGACGCCUGGCAUGGGGCUUGUCUGGCCCUUGCGGAGUUGGCCAAACGAGGUCUCCUUCUUCCGGCACGUCUGCCGGAAAUCGUUCCGCUUCUUCUGCAAGCUCUGGUCUACGACGAAAUCCAGGGUUACCGGACAGUAGGUCAGAACAUUCGUGACGCCGCCUGCUACAUGAGUUGGGCCUUCGCCCGGGCCUAUCAUCCGGCGAUUCUGCAACCGUUCGUGGAACGUAUCGCUUCCGCUCUCCUGGUGACGGCGGUUUUCGAUAGGGAAAUCAACUGUCGGCGGGCGGCGUCCGCCGCGUUUCAGGAGAGCGUUGGGCGGUUGGGGAAUUUUCCCCACGGGAUCGACAUUCUUACGAUGGCGGAUUUCUUCUCGGUGGCAGUGAGGAGCAAUGCCUUCCUGCAGAUUAGCGAUUUCAUUGCGCAGUUCGAGGAGUAUCGGCAGAAGUUGAUAGAUCACUUGAUCGCGAAGAAAAUCAACCAUUGGGACACCAACAUCCGGGAGUUAUCGGCCCAAGCGCUCAGCAACUUGGCCAAGCGCGAUCCGCUUUACAUGAGAAAUGUGAUCCUUCCGAAGCUGUUCGACCUAACGGAAACGACCGAUCUGAAUGCCCGCCACGGAGCAACGUUGGCCAUUGGGGAGAUUAUCCUAUCGCUGAAACGACUUCAGCACAAGCAAGGAGAAGAAGACGAAACGUUCAUUCCGUCGCAGGUGCGGGAAAGAGCUGGUCAGCUGGUGAUCAAAUUCCGUCAGCGAGGGCAGUUCAAAGGGAUGAGUGGAACGUACAUGAAGCAUGGAUGUGCUAGUUUUAUUAAGAACUGUAGCGAUGCAGAACUUUGGUUGACACCGGAACAGAUUGAAUCCUGGCAGCUGCUCUUGGACGAGUGCAUCAUAGACGAGAAGACAACCACCCGCGAACUGGCCAUCAGCGCUUUCUCCUCAUUCUGCACUACCUACUACCGCAACGAAGACCCGUCCAAACUUACCGCCCUUAUCGACAACUACCUGCAGGACCUACGGGAAACCCAGAUGGAGCACAAAUCACAGGGAAUCGCUGCCGCACUCGGAUCCCUGCCGAAGUUUAUGCUGCUGCUGAGGUUGAAGGAAAUUCUGGCAACCUUGGACGAUAAAACCGUGCUGCCGGAGAUGUUCGCCGUCGGGUACAACCAUUCCGAGAUGAGACGCGACUGCAUCCGAGGGCUUGCCAACAUCGUACAAACGAUUGGAUUCGAUUCGGGUGAUGCGUUGGAUCUGGACAAGGUCUACAGCAUCUACCUGAGGGCUUUGGAGGAGUACGCCAUCGAUAACCGUGGCGAUAUCGGAUCGUGGGUUCGGGAAGCUGGAGUUAACGCGUUGCACCAAUUCUUGACUACAUGCCCGGCGGAGCUCCUGAAACCGGAGCAGGUUCAGCGAGCUCUAGUUGCUAUAGCGAAGCAGUCCGUGGAGCGAAUUGACAAAAUCCGAGCUGUGGCCGGGAAGAUCUUCGUUUCGUUGAUCUACCAUGAACCGGAGAUUCCCCACAUAAACCACAGAGAAGAACUGAAGAAGAUCUUCCCCCAGGAUACCACGGAAAUUCUGUGGCUAUUUCCACAUCACACAUUCCCGCUGUUGAUUCAGCUUCUGAACUUCCCGGAGUACCUAAUCAGCAUAGCUGGAGGGCUUAUUCUUUCGGUAGGUGCCCCAACGGAGUCCCUCCAUAGCUGUGCUUCGAAAGUGAUGAACGAAUACCUAAAAACCCAUCAGUCCCUCGUCCCCCAAUUCGGAGCUACCGUUCAGAGGAUCCUCCAAGAGAAAGCCUCAAAAGACCCCCUGGUCAUGUCCUCGACGUUCCAGUUCAUAUCUGAACUGCUUUCGUCCUCCUCGAAUUCAACUCUGCUCCUCACCGACGAAGCAUCCGACUUCCCAGAGGCCAUCUUUGCGCUGAUGAACGACCUCAUCGCCCACAGCAAGAAGCACCUCAACUCCAUUCCAGCCUAUUGCGCCCUCAUGCUAGCUCCGAAAAUCUGCAAGCGAGUCCUAAGCAAACUGGUCAUGUAUCUGGGCAUGCUGUGCGUCAACAUCCGGCGCGAAACGGCCCUCAAGAUGUACGAAACGCUGCUGGUCUAUGGCGAUCAGACGGUCAUUCCGGAGGAGAAUCUGGACGAUGUGUUGGCGUGUCUGAGUGAGGAAAAGUGGGACGGAGAGCUGGAAGAAGCCAGGCGGAUCCGGAAUCGGCUCUGUGAACUGAUGGGGAUCAAGGCACCGGUGGCGCGGGUUAAGAAGUAGGGCGCCGGAUCCGUUGAGGAGUUUUCAUUUGCACAAUGCAUUUAACUAUUUAUUAACGAUUGAUGUAGUCUAACUUUAUGCUUACAUGCUUUUUUAAUGGAAAGCGCCUUACGACACCCAGUGAUGAUGCACGUUUGAAUGGAAUAUAACCCACACGCUAACGGAAAAG